AUGCAAAGUUCAGAUAGCUUUCGUUCCAACAACACAAACUACCGUUCUGUUUACUCGAAAGAGAAACAGCAACAAAAUGAACUUGGGGUUUUAUCGGAGUCAGUAGUAAAUUGGCUCCGUACAGACCUUGGUCAUAAUCCUGGACGAUUUUCUUUGGUAUUGGAAGACGACGAGUCAGAAGACGAUAUUAAAGCGGAUAUUGAUAACGAUGUUGCUAGUUUACGUCGAGCACAAUUGAGUAAACGACAGCUACACAAUUCAAAGCACAUUUCUAAAAGGAGUCGAACGACAUUAACAACUUCAAAAUCAACGGCUUUUUCGUCAACAGAUGACAAUAAUAAUGUGGUUAUGAAAACCAAACUUGAAAAAAAGUUGGCUAAAAUGACAGAUAAUGUUCAACAAGAGGAAGAGGAAAUUGAAAAAUUGAUUUCUCGAAUUGCGGAUGUUGAGUCUCAAAUAAAGAACACGAAAUGUCAAAUUCGCGAGAAGAAAAAUAAAAUGUAUCUCAAACAGUUGUUCAUUGAACGAAGCGAGAAAAUCAAACAGACUGGCAGAGAAUAUCAGAAGCAAAUGGCGGCUUAUGUAACAAGUUCAUGUUCUAACCAAAAUGAGACGUCAUUAAAGGGAAGCGAGACAACUGUGACGAUUAAUAUCAAAGACAUAUGCGAAAAGUUAAAAAUACUUGGGCAGCGUCUUAUAUUCAGUAAUGAAAGUGUCGAUCUUGAAUACAAAGCGAGUAUACUCGUGUCAAUCGAGGAGCUGAUAAAAUCCACCUCGCCCAAAAUAUUCUUGAAAUCAAUCUCUCAAAACCUCAAAUCGUCAGUGGCUGAACUUAAUAGGACAGUUCCAACCGAGAACUCUUACGUAGAGGCCAACAAAAGUUUUCAAAGUGUCUUGGAGUUAUUGCAGCAAUCCCGAGAUAAUCAUGUCAGCAGAUUUGUUGAAACUGAAAAUAUUUUAAAUGAAAUCGAAGAGCUCAAAGAAAAAAUUAAAGAAUUAGCAGAGGAAGCUGAAUCCAUUGUCAAAAAACAGUAUGGACAUAUUCCUCAACUUCAAAAAUAUAUAAUAUCAGUAUUAAAGUCAAAAGUAGAAGCAGAAGCUAGUCAAAUGACACUACAGAAACUUAACGUACAUGCUGAUGCGCUGGCAAGACAAUGUCAAACCUAUAUGGCAAGCAAUGACGAAUUGAUGAAUUCGGUUGAUAGAAUUACGAGUUAUAAUGAAGUUCUGGAGGAAAAACAAAAAAAUAUUCAGAGAUUGAUUCAUAUCAAUCAAAAGACUGGGGCAAAGAUUUCGUCACAAUAUCGAGAGAUUUCAAAUUUUAUUUUAGAACAUAUUUCUCCAUAUGCAUUGCAAAUUGAUGCAUUGAGUAAGGAAUUUGAAGGAAUCAUGAUCAAAGAAAAUAAAGUAUUCAAUGGGCUGGAUCUAAAUAAAAUUCUUCAAAUUCAAAUAAACGGUAUACCACGCUCAAUUAACUCGUUCGGCAUAUAUCGAGCUUUUCAAGAUCAAUUUAUUCUGGACAUAAAGAAAAUUUUAGAUUUGCCUUUUUCGAUGUCUGCAGAAUACAUAUUUCCUGGCAUUGCCCAAACUAUGAAUCAAGGAGUGCUACUUGAAUCAGCAAAUCUUCAUUUCAGCAAGAUAAUGCGGCCUAUUCACCGUGAUUUGCAUAACCAUGUGAGAUCUUGGUUAUCUUCGAUUCGAGCAUUUGAACUAACUAACGAACGAAACCCAUCUUAUACAAACACCAUCAACGAAAUAGAACGUGCCGUCACCAUGUUAAAUGAUUAUAUAGAGAAACAAGAAGAAAGUCUGUUAGCUCGUGAACAACCAAGAUUAGAAAGGGAAAAUGAAAAAAUUGAAAUGGCCGAAAAUUUAGUAAGAGAGAUUAAGGGAAUUCUGGAAGAAAGGUUUGUUACCUCGCACUUCUGUCACGGGUCUUAUAUGGUAACUGAUAAACCUUUUAUAGUAAUUUACUAUGUAGAUCCUGAAAGAUCAACAUCUGUCACUUUUGUCACAGUGAAGUUGUGA